GGUAACGGCGCGGGCGGAGGCCGCAACGGGGCGGUAACAGCGGCGCAGGGGAGGCCGAGCGCGGAGCCCGCGGAGGGCCAGCGGAAGAAGCGGGCAGGGGCCCGGGGGGCGAGCGCGGAGCCCGCGGAGGUGGCUGAAAGAAAUUUAUCACAUAAAAGAAAUGAUUGAGUCAGUCAAAUUAAGAAGGCAGUGCAUGCUGGAUUUCUACUCGCAUUAUGAACAUCUUUGUGAACUUCAAGGCUCUGUCCCACUGAAAGCUGUGAAGGCUAACCUGACUCAGAAUGCUAUUGAUCUAAUUGUAGAUCACAUCAAAGCUACUGACUGGGCACCACUUCUGAAUGCUAUCAGGCAUAAUAAGACUCUGACUUCUAUUGGAAUAAGAAGUUUACAUCAACACGGUCUUGAAGAAUCAGGUGUUGAAAGAUAUAAAACUUACUUUAGAAGGAGAACUCCAGCAACUCUGUCAAAAGACUUAACUGGCCAACUAUGCAAAGCUGUGAAAGGCUGUCUUAGUAUAUCAGAUGUACUAAAAAAUUUAGAACUGCAGGGUUUGCUUCUGAGGGAAAGAGAUCUAACACUUUUAACAAAGGGCUUGGCCACAGCUUCAUCUCUGGAGAGUGUCUCUUUAGCCCACUGUCCAAUUGGAGAUGGAGGGUUGGAAACAAUCUGUCAGAGUAUAAAGAAUGCAGCUACUAUCAGAUCUGUAAACUUCACGGCAUGUAGCCUCACAUGGCGAGGGGCUGAACAUAUAGCAAAUGUAUUAAAGCACCAGGCAAUGAGAAGACAUGGUGAAGCUUGGGCUGAAAGCCUGCGUUACAGGAGACCUGAUCUUGAAUAUAUGACAGGCUUGAGACGGGUUACUUUGAACUGCAACAUGCUUGUUGGAGAUAGAGGAGCAAGUGCCUUUGCAGACUGUCUAGGAGAGGACCUUUGGCUGAAAGCACUUGAUUUGCAGCAGUGUGGAAUAUCCAAUGAGGGAGCAAGAUCAUUAUUAGAUGCUCUUCAAACUAAUACAACAUUAGUGGUACUUGACAUAAGAAAAAAUCCAUUAAUAGGUCACAUUCUGAUGAAAAACAUUAUUGAAAGAGUUCUUAAGAACGGAAAUAGUGCUAAUUCAGAGUAUAAGUGGCUGACAUCUCCAUCUUCCAAAGAUGCUUUGAAAAAUAGACCAAAGAAAAGAACUGUUGUCCUAGGAAGUGGUCGAAAAGGAAAAGCUACUAUUCGUAUUGUUAUCUGGAAACAGAGAGGACUAUUGUCUAAAAAAUCGGUAAGUCCUGGGAAAAAAAUUACAUCUGUGAAAGAGAGUUACUCACCAAAACCACUACCACCAGGCACAAAAGGCUUCCUUCCUUGGCGGACUGCAGAACGUGCAAAGAGAUGCAGAGGUGGGGCUCUGGAUCGUACUGGAGAAUUGCCAGUGGAGAUUCAGACAGGUGUUCCUGUGAAAGUGACAGUAGAAAGUGCUUCUACAUUUGAUACUGAAGACACAGAAGAUUUAGAUGAUGUCAUCCACUAUCCUGAUCUGGCAAAAUCAAUUGAUAAGAUUAAUGUAACAGAGUAUCAACAAUUAGAGUUGGAGCUGGAAGAAUGCAUGUUAAAACUAAAGGAAGAACAAAUAGCUAGAGAGAAGGCUGAGGAACGAGUAACAGAGCUGGAAAUUGAAAAUGCAAGAUUAAGGAAUCUAAAUAUCUCCCUAUCCGAGGUUCUUCAGGCACAGUCAGUAACCAGCACGAUUUUGGAAGAUGAAGGUGUUCUAGGCAGCAUUGAGAACUCUUUUCAAAAGUUUCAUGCUUUUUUAGACCUCCUUAAAGAUGCUGGACUUGGACAACUUGCUGUAUUAGCUGGGAUAGACCAGUCAGAUUUUGGCCUUUUGGGGCAUCCGCAAAUGAAUUCUACUCUCAGUAAGCCUGCUAACAUGGUAAAGGAGAAGUCUUUUGAAGAAGAAAGACAGGAACAUAACCAGAACAGCAAAAACAGAAUAGGGGACAUCCAGCUGUCUCUUCCUGGUAUGUUUCAAUCCCAGAUGGUUAUGAAUAAUGCCUUUUCUGCACUUAGAGAAAUACAAGAACUUCAGACUGCUGGACAGCAGUACCAGGUAGGCUCAUGGAAGGAAACUGAAGCUCAAAGAAUUGACCAAAAUAAAGAGGAUAAGCCUCGCAGUAGUACACCAAUAUUCUCUGAGAGGAGAGUCAAACAAAAUGAACAAGCAAAAGGUCACUCAGCAAGGCAGUUGCAUUCAUUUGCUGAUUCCAGUGUACAUAUUAAAAGUGAUGACAGCAGAGUAUCCAGUGGUAUGUCUGUUGAAAAAAGCAAAAAUUCUUCCUCUAAGAAAUACAUCCCUAGAGCAAAUGAAACGGCAGCUUCAGCUACUGGAGCGAAAGGAAACCAAAGUACACUACAAGCAGUAAACAGCUCUGGAAGUGGCACUUUAGGAUCUGGUUCUGAAAUACAAGAAAGUAUACAAAGUGUUACCAGCAUUUGAAAUGGUUCUAAAAUGUUUGGACUGUUCUUUACGCUUGGAAUAUUAAUAAUAGAUUUUGGAUGUUUCAGUAUAGUUUGUGAAUUUUCUGUAAGGUAAUGAAGACUUUGUGACUUUUUAAAACAUUGCAUGUUGUUUCAUGUUUGCAUUCCUUGUCAUGAGAUUUUGAACUUUGGAAACACGUGAUACACUUAAAAUGGUACCUGUCAGUUUGUACUACAUACAGAGGACUCCUGGCAUAUGGAUUUCAUUACCUACACUGAUCUUGGUGUAGAGUGUAAACUGUUUGGAGCCAAUAAAGUUAAUUUGAGUACAGUUUU